UACUAUAAGCAAAAAAUAAAUCAUUCUGAAAAAGCAUCAUUGCUUCUCUUCUCUGCACAGCUCAGCCUUUGUUGCCGUGUCUGAUCAACAGAAACAUUCUUCAUCCCCUCCCUUUUUUAACGUCUCUCUCUCUCUCUCACCACUGAGUGUAACAAAAGACAAGAGCAGGAAACCAUGGCAGGCAACAAGUUUGCAACCAUGCUACAAAGAAACACACACAAACUCACUGUAAUUCUAGUGUAUGCAGUUCUUGAAUGGAUUUUGAUCUUUCUCCUACUCCUCAACUCUUUAUUCACUUAUAUGAUAACCAGAUUUGCCAAGUACUUUGGCCUUAAAAAGCCUUGCCCUUGGUGUUCCAGGAUUGAUCAUGUGUUGGAGCCUGGAAAGAACACCAACUCUUGUAGAGAUCUUGUGUGUGAGACUCAUGCAUCUGAGAUUUCCAAACUGAGUUAUUGUUCAAAUCAUCAAAAACUAGCUGAGACACAGAAUAUGUGCAUGGACUGCUUGGCUUCUCGGCCAAAUCACAGUGAUCAGUCUGCUGGAAUGACAAGGAGGAUUGCUUUCUUUACUUGGGUAAGCAAGGAUGAAAAUGGUGAAAAUAUUGUCUUGUGUUCUUGCUGCAAUGAGAACAUAAACAGCAAUGUCUACCCUCCUUAUUUGCUGUUCAAGCCUUCCUGGGAUUCUUUGAAUUACAGCAAGAAAGGAGAUUUGAUCGUAGGAGAGAUGGAUGAUGAAAAAAUUGGAAUUGACUGCGAGGAAAAAAGCAAACCUGAUAUCUUGGCACAUUAUACUGACCAUGAAGACAACAAUGAGAUUGAAAGAAAUGAUGGAGAAGGACAACAGGAUCAUGAAGAGGCUGCUGAUGAACAUCAAAUGCUAUCUGAUGGUGGAAGUUUUGGCCUCAAAGAUGCAGUGGAGCACUGUUCACGGUCUGAAACAAACUUGCAAUGUGAUGGAAAGGAAGCUUAUAUUAUGGAGCGUGACUCGUACGGUAUGAAUUCUAUUCAUCAAGGUUUUGAUGACAGUAUGAUUGAAUAUUGUUUUGGAAAAGACAAUUCCAUUGAAACCAUCCAUCUGCAUUUGGAGAGAAAUCUUGGCUGUGACUUUAAUCGUUUAAUCCCUGUUGAAUUGAUUGAUUCAUCAACCACCGCAAUUUACGAAUCCUGCAACUUAAAGGAAGAACUUGCCGAGGAAAUUCAUCAAAAUGGAACAACUGAUUCUGCAUCGCAUAUCGAAAUGAAUAAUGAAGAAAACACAAGUUACGCAGAAGUUGAAAGCGUGAAUAUAGCAAUGGACUGCUGCGACAAAUCUUUAGACUCGAAUUGCACAGAGAUGAAAAAAGAUCCGGACAGCAAGGAACGCAAACAAGUCAUGUCUCUAGAAGAAGCUCAAACAUUAUCCCUUAGUGGAAACAAUGUGGAUAUGGUGGAAACCAAAGAGCCGGAUGAGUUUCCAGCAGCUCAUGAGGAAGAAAAUAAUGACUGCAACUUGUUGACUGGGCAAAGCAAAUCCAAGGACUUCGUAGAGCUCUCUGAUUUUGCAAUCAAUCAACCACAAGAUCAAGAAUCAACAAUAUCGCCGUGCGUGCAAGACGAUCACUCUUCUGUAAAUGGCAAUGAAGCAGAAAUUCUCGAUGCCCCUGAAAGUAAUGAAUGUGGUCCAAACAACAGAGAAACGACUACCAUAGAAGAAAAAAUGAUGUCAGCUGAUAACAACCAAGAGAGUAUAAAUCAUCAUUUAUCUUCGCAUUUGGAGUCUACUGAAGCUGAGGAGGAAAAGUUUCCCGAGACACCUACUUCUGUUGACAGCGCUCACUACUUGCAUAAGAAGCUUUUGAUAUUUGAGAAACGAGAGUCAGGGACCGAGGAAUCUUUAGAUGGAAGUGUGGUAAGUGAGAUGGAUUCCGGUGAUCCAGUUCUUACGAUUGAACAGCUGAAAACAGCACUUAAAUCUGAAAGAAAAGCUUUUGGAGCAUUGUAUACAGAACUAGAGGAAGAGAGGAGUGCCUCUGCAAUAGCUGCAAACCAGACAAUGGCUAUGAUAAACAGGCUUCAAGAAGAGAAGGCAGCAAUGCAAAUGGAAGCAUUGCAAUACCAGAGGAUGAUGGAAGAACAGUCUGAAUAUGACCAGGAAGCCUUACAACUUCUAAACGAGCUCAUGGUCAAGAGAGAAAAGGAGAAGCAAGAGCUUGAGAAAGAGUUGGAAGUGUAUCGCAAGAAGGUUUUGGACUAUGAAGCUAAAGAAAAAAUGAGAAUGAUGAGAAGAACAAAAAAUGGAAGUAUAAGAAGUAGAGCUUCUUCUGCUACAUGCAGCAGUGCUGAGGAUCUUGAUGAGCUAUCUAUUGAUCUCAAUCGUGAAGCGAAGGAUGAAGAUGGUAGCAGCAGUAUCGAAAACCAGGAAAUUGGUAGCAAUAAUACUUCUAGUGAUGAAGUCGUAAAUUUGCAGGAAAUAGCACUGGAUUAUGUGAAGCAGAUAAGUGCUCUUGAUGAUCCCCUGGCUGAAUUUGAGGAAGAGAGGCUGUCUAUUUUAGAUCAGCUCAAGGCAUUGGAGGAGAAGCUACGAAAUUUGGAUGCUAAUGAAUACAAUGACGUUAUGCCUUCGGAAGAGCAAUCCUCUAAGUAUACUGUCAGAGGAUUCGAUGAGAUCUAUGAAAUAAGCACUCCAGAAGAAAAUGGGAUUUCAAAUGAAUUGUCAAAGAAUGGAGAUUAUCCCGAGAGGAAAACAGUGAGUUCCAUGGCAAAGAACCUCCUUCCUCUUCUGGAUGCUGCUGAUAAUGAAACUGAAGAAGGGUUUAUAUUCAACGAAAAUGUUGAAUCUGAAUUUGUUAGAAUGGAAAACUCUUUGGUUCCCAAAUUUGAUUUAGACAGAAAAAAACUAGUAAUUGAAGAGGAGGUAGAUCAUGUUUAUGAGAGACUACAAGCUCUUGAAGCAGACAGGGAAUUUCUGAAGCAUUGUAUGAGUUCAAUACAGAUGGGAGACAAGGGGACGGAUCUUCUCCAAGAGAUCUUGAAACAUCUGCGUGAUCUUAGAGCGGUGGAACUCCGGGUAAGUAACAUGAGUGAGGAACCUCGGGAGUGAAGUUACGCCUACCAACCAUGAAAGAGGAGAUGAGAUCCCUUUCUCAUGGAUGAGAAGGAAAGCUUGCUCCGCAUCAAGAACAGGUCAGAAAGUUUGAGGAACUGUGUUUUCUGCAAAAUGCCAGGAAAUCUCCUGAUGGAGCAGAGGAUUCCUGGUCUUUAGUUUGUUUCCGUCGGUGAAUGAUAUCCACACACAAAGAAAAAAAUUAAGUCUCCCCCACCUUCUAAUGGUCUCUUUUGGGUUUUACUGAAAAGGUGUAAAACCCAAAAUUUUGCAGCAUCUCCUCCUAGCAGCCUUUUCCCAGGCAAAGGAGAAGGACGAAAAGGAUUGCACAAAUAACCUGGUUUGAUGGUUUUGGCUAGGUUACUUGCAAGUAGACUAAGCUUUGUAUUUACCUUUUCCAUAUCAUACUCUUUUGUUUUAGACAGGAAAGGGGAAGGAGGAUUAAGCCUUCCUUCUAGUUUUUUGCAUUGGUUAAGUCAUCUGGGUUGAAAUACUGUGUCAAAAUUGUGAGUGGUGGUUGUCAUUAAUUUUAUUUUAUUUUAUUUUAUUGCUUUUAUACACUUCCCUUUCACGACAAUAUUGUAAUUUGGACAGAUUGCCAUACUGAAAGAAGAAUUGCUACCAUGUUCUGUUCAUUUCA